AUGAGUAGGGUGCAAUCAAUGGAAAAAUCGAAUAAUAAUUCUAAAAGAUCACUGAGAUCCGAGACUAAAAACGAGCAUAGCGAAAUUGAAAAAUUCGAUUUUGAUACAGAAGAGUACGAGAUCAAUCCUAAGAGAAAGUUGAGAUUAGUCAACAGAAUAAAUCCAAACGCUGAGCAAUUGAAGAAAGUUAAGUGUUGCGUCCACAGUUCAGCCAAGGUCAUAGCUGAUCAUAUUGAGGAAGCAUGUUGUCAGCCACAUGUAUUGCAAUCAUCAUCUAUGACUACUGUCGAUAAAGAGAUCGAAGAGAAGAGGAAAACUAUUACAAAAAUGAUACUUAAUAUUGAACAAUACGAAUUAAGUGGGCGUACCAGAAAACCAAAGGAGGACCUGCUUCCUGAUAGCGCCUAUCAACCUUACCAUAAGAAAAUGUUGAAGCAAGAAAACAGAAUGAUUCAAUCAGAUAUUAUAAAUGGUGAAAAUGAAGCAGAUAGGCUUUCAUUGAUUUCUGAUAGACUGGAUAUGUUGAAUUGGGCAACAACGCUGCAGAAAGUGACUAAAAUAAAUGACUUUACCGACGAGAAUGAAAUGGAAACUAAACGCUAUCAAACCAAACAGCUGAUUGAUUCAAUGUUACAUAAAUUUGAAUCUAUGAAAAAAAAAGGACAUAAUUUAGCAAGAAGGCCAGCCUCAAGUGAUUCUUUACUAAAAAUGGUCAGUAGUAAAGAUUGGCCUAAACUAUAUUCUCGGAUCGACCGAACUUUUAUCCCAGAUUAUGCAAGCUCCUCUGACGAAGAGGAAGAAAAAAUAACCGUAGAAGAAAUAAGGGAAAGACGACUAAAGAAAAGAGAGCAGCAAUGUGGAGGCUCGAUUGUAGUAUUGCUAAGCGAUCAUAAAUCGCAAAAAGGAAUGACUCGAUUUGCAAUUGUAGCUGAGCCGCUGCGAAAGCCAUAUUUGAUUAAAACCUCGACUGAAGAGAGAAAUCUAUGGAAAAAAAAAAUGCCUUCAAACCCAAAAAAAUUCGAUAAGGAACCUCGAAUAUUAACCCAAGUUGCUAUGAAAAGAAGAAAAGAAGUUAUUCCAUUGACAAUGGAAGUAGAGCCUGAAGUUAUUCGGGGUAUACGGCACAAGGUACAAGAAUCUGUAAGUCCUAAUGCGAAAGUAAAGGAAAUAUUUAUGACGAAGGAUGUCAAAAUGAAAAAUAUGAAUGAUUCUAGUGGCAACUCUGCAUCUCUAGGGUCAGCUAUUUCAAAAACAGGAUUGUUAGACUCUAUCUCAGCUUGUAGUGCGUCUGAGACUUCACCAGGCACUUCCAAAAAUAUAGUGGGUAUGGACACUAACAUUGGCCCAAGCUUAUCAAUUGUUCCUUCGCUUGGUAAAGAGAAGUUCAUUGACGCACAUAAUGGUAUUACAAGCGAUUCGGAUAUUAACAUUUUACCUGUUCGCAAAAGGAAAAAAGUAUAA